CUGUCGCGGGCCGGGGCGGUUGGGCUGGCUGCUGAUUCUCGUGGCCAUGGAGUGGGGUUCGGAGUCGGGGGCCGUGAGGCGGCACCGCAUCGGAGGGGAGCGCCGGGACGGCCCGGCGGCCGCGCAGCAGCCGGAGAGGGAGGCCCUGGUGCAGGAGCCCCUGGCGGACGCGUGCGGCGGCGGCGGCGGCGGCGCAAGGACGCGGAAGCGGAGCGGGGAGGGGAGCGGUGGCGGCGCGAGCCGGCGCGCGGGGACAGGACUGUCUGAGGCGCGCGCCGCGCUGGGGCUAGCGCUCUACCUGCUCGCGCUGCGGGCGCUUGUGCAGCUCUCGCUGCAGCAGCUCGUGCUCCGCGGGGCCGCUGUCGGCCGCCGGGGAGAGUUCGAUGCGCACCAAGCCAGGGAUUAUCUUGAACAUAUAACAUCCAUUGGCCCCAGGACUACAGGAAGUCCAGAAAAUGAAAUUCUGACAGUACAUUACCUUUUGGAACAGAUUAAACUGAUUGAAGUUCAAAGCAACAGCCUUCACAAGAUUUCAGUAGAUGUACAACGGCCCACAGGCUCCUUUAGCAUUGACUUCUUGGGAGGGUUUACAAGCUACUAUGACAACAUUACCAAUGUUGUGGUAAAGCUGGAACCCAGAGAUGGAGCCCAGCAUGCUGUCCUGGCUAACUGUCAUUUUGACUCAGUGGCAAACUCACCAGGUGCCAGCGAUGACGCAGUUAGCUGUUCAGUGAUGCUGGAAGUCCUUCGUGUCUUGUCGACAUCUUCAGAAGCCUUAUAUCAUGCGGUCAUAUUUCUCUUUAAUGGUGCUGAGGAGAACGUCUUGCAAGCCAGUCAUGGUUUUAUUACCCAGCACCCCUGGGCCAGCUUGAUCCGUGCUUUUAUUAACUUGGAGGCAGCAGGUGUAGGAGGGAAAGAACUUGUAUUCCAAACAGGUCCUGAAAAUCCUUGGCUGGUCCAAGCUUAUGUCUCAGCAGCUAAACACCCAUUUGCUUCAGUGGUGGCUCAGGAGGUUUUCCAGAGUGGAAUCAUUCCUUCAGAUACUGACUUCCGGAUCUACAGGGAUUUUGGGAACAUUCCGGGAAUAGACUUAGCUUUUAUUGAGAAUGGAUACAUUUAUCACACCAAGUAUGAUACAGCGGACAGAAUUCUAACAGAUUCCAUUCAGAGAGCAGGUGACAACAUUUUAGCAGUUCUUAAAUAUCUAGCUACAUCUGAUAUGUUGGCUUCUUCUUCUAAGUAUCAACAUGGAAACAUGGUCUUCUUUGAUGUGCUUGGCCUGUUUGUCAUCGCCUACCCAUCUCGUGUUGGCUCAAUAAUUAACUAUAUGGUGGUAAUGGCUGUUGUUUUAUACCUGGGAAGGAAAUUACUGCAUCCCAAAUAUAAAACUGCUACCUACACAAAGGACUUCUUCUGUGGACUUGGCAUCACUCUGAUAAGCUGGUUUACCAGCUUGGUUACAGUUCUCAUUAUAGCAGUAUUCGUCUCCCUUAUUGGACAGUCCCUCUCAUGGUAUAACCACUUCUAUGUCUCCGUUUGUCUGUAUGGAACUGCAGCUGUAGCCAAAAUAAUAUUCAUACAUACCCUUGCAAAAAGAUUUUAUUAUGUGAAUGCCAGUGGCCAGUAUCUGGGAGAAGUAUUUUUUGAUGUCUCGUUGUUUGUGCACUGUGGGUUCCUUACAGCUCUCACUUACCGGGGGCUCUGCUCUGCAUUUAUUAGCGCUGUCUGGGUGGCAUUCCCGCUGCUCACAAAGCUUUGCGUGCAAAAGGACUUGAAGCAGCAUGGUGCUGGAGGAAAAUUUAUUGCCUUUUACCUUUUGGGGAUGUUUAUUCCAUAUCUGUAUGCACUGUACCUCAUCUGGGCCGUAUUUGAGAUGUUUACCCCUAUCCUUGGCAGGAGUGGUUCGGAAAUUCCACCUGACGUUGUGCUGGCCUCUAUUUUGGCUGGUUGUACCAUGAUUCUCUCAUCCUAUUUUAUUAACUUCAUCUACCUUGCCAAAAGCACAAAAAGAACAAUGCUAAGUUUAACUUUGGUAUGUACAGUUACAUUCCUCCUUGUUUGCAGUGGAACUUUUUUCCCGUACAGCUCCAACCCUGCCAGUCCAAAGCCAAAGAGAGUGUUUCUUCAGCAUAUAACCAGAACGUUUCAUGGUCUGGAUGGAAACGUAGUUAAACGGGACUCUGGAGUGUGGAUCAACGCAUUUGAUUAUACCGGCAUGUCCCACAUAACACCUCACAUUUCUGAAAUCAACGACACCGUCCGAGCUGACUGUGAGGAGAGCGCCCCGCUCUGUGGCUUCCCCUGGUAUCUGCCCGUGCACUUCCUCAUCAGGAAAAACUGGUAUCUUCCUGCCCCAGAAGUCUCUCCAAGAGAACCUGCUCAUUUCAGACUUGUAUCCAAAGAACAGACACCCUGGGAUUCCAUAAAGCUGACCUUUGAAGCAACAGGACCAAGCCAUAUGUCCUUCUAUGUCCGAACCCACAAAGGGGCUACGCUUUCUCAGUGGUCUCUCGGCAACGGCACCCCAGUCACAAGUAAAGGAGGGGACUAUUUUGUCUUUUAUUCCCAUGGACUUCAGGCCUCCGCAUGGCACUUCUGGAUAGAAGUACAGGUCUUGGAAGAACAGCCUGAAGGAAUGGUCACUGUGGCCAUUGCUGCCCACUAUUUUUCUGGGGAAGACAAGAGAUCCUCCCAGCUGGAUGCUCUGAGAGAGAGGUUCCCAGAUUGGACAUUUCCCUCUGCCUGGGUGUGCACUUAUAAUCUCUUUGUAUUUUAAUCUUGUGGGUGAGCUCUGAGUACAUGUCCAGUGGGAUUACUCCAUGUGGCACAGUUUCUCCUUAUGUUGCAUGGACGGUUGUAUGUAAGUCAGUGAAUUUUAACGAGCAUAUGUUCAAAGAGCUUUGUGGGCUAACACUCUUCAGGGGCUGAGCAUGAUCUAUAAUGGUUCUGUGGAGUAGAGUGCAUGGCCCUUUUGACACUUGAAAAUACCAGUUUUCUGGCACCUAAGCACACAUGGGUACUACACACAUAUGUCAUUUUAUAUGACUUAACAAUAAAAGCUAGCAAACCAGUUUUAACAGUUGAGCCCUUAGGAUCAAGAAAGAUGCAGAAGGUACUGUAAAUCCCUUGUUAAUGAGACAAGGGACAUUUCCAGUUAAAGCCCAAGGCCAUUUUUUGGUGUGUGGUAAAGUGUCACAGGAGUUAAUGGUAGGUCAUAAGAAACUGAGAGGGAGACUGGCUUCUGAGGCGCCAGCCUGCGCCGGGAGCUGGGCUCCUCUGGGCAGCCUCGUGGGCAGUCUUUGGAGUGUGCCUGGUACUAGGGCUCUGGGGCCCUAGUACUCCGAUGUGGAAACCUGUAUUGAAGUGGUGGCUCCUGUCCUUCAGACACGUGGUCACCAAGAUCCAGUAUUGGGAUGCUUUUCUGAGGUGGUUUUCAAAACCUGUUUCCUUCUGGGGUUUCCAGGCUCUCUUGGUCUAGAAUACUGUUUGUGGAAGUACAGGACAUGAACUUCCUCCUCCGAGCGCUGAACUGCCAUGGUGGCUGUUCUGAGGGUGGGAGGAGAGUGGGAGUAGCUGGGCAUUUUAUAUUUAUUCUGCUCAUUUCUUUUUUAUAAGAAUCUUGUUAUCCAAGGUUAAUCCUUCAGGGCAUAGUAUUAUUGAUGCACUGGGUCCUUGUUUUCUAGCCAAUGGAACAGGUUAGUUUCUCAGUAACUUACUGUGUCUGGCAGAGCUGGCUUUCCUGAGACUCGAGCCUGUGGCUUGCACGGAGUGUCCUUCUGUAACUGUCCUUACAGCUGUUGGUGUUUAGGUUCUGCACAAGAGCAGCUCUAGGACUUAGAGGUGCUUUUCAUGUUGAGGAGGAUGGCUGUUGGCUCCAGCAGUGGAAGAGUUUGGUGAGAGCAAUGGUAAAUUCUGCUGGCUUUCUUUUUUUCCAUUAAAAACAUAAAAAGUUAGUGUUUGUCUUUAGCAAGUCUAGGCUAAAAAAACCUUUUUUUUAAAGAAAAGCCAUAGUGAAACAAACAAUACAGUGGCACUCAAUCUACCUGAACAGAAAGAGCACAGUAGUAUGUGUCUUUGAAAUUACUUCUUAAAGCUGCUUGUCCGAUGUAUACAGUGCACAUUCUGAAUCAUGCUCCUCAUAUGUCCUCAAAAGCUGAGCCCACAGACAGCAGGGGUACAGCCAGAGCUGAACGGUGGUACCAUGCUGUCACACGCAUGGACACUGGCCCCAGUGCUUUUCCUGGACUUCCUAAGAACCGUAGAGUUGACCCUUAAACAACACAGGGAUUAGGAGUGCUGACCUCUGCAUGCAAGGUUUUGCAUCUGUGGAUUCAACUAUGGAUCAUCAUGUAGUACUGUAAUAUCCGUUUAAUGAAAAAUCCCUGUAUAAUUGGGCCUGUAGCUCAAACCCAUGUUGUCAAGGUUCAGCUGUAUCACUAGUCUUAGAUAAUUCAAGUGACACACACAGUCUGCACUGCUGAUAGCCUUUAUAGACUCACAAUUGUGGAGAAAAAUAGUAUCUAAAUGAAUUUCAAAAUACAGGCGUAUUUUCUGUUCUUGUGGUUAAUCUGAAAUAGAUUACUGGAAAUUAUUUAUAGGGAAAAGAAAAGCAAACUUCCAAAUGUGGAGGAAGGGCAGUACCUGAGUUCCCUGUGAUUUCCGUCCCCCCACCUCCUUGGGAAGCAUGUUGUUAACUCCUUUUUGAUGCUAAUCAUGGUUUUCUUUCUGCCUUUAUUUUCCUAUGUGGACAGUUCGCUCUUGUUUUGGCUUUCUGUGGCAUUAUAAAGCGCUAAUGUUGUAGAAGGUCAGUAACAACCACAUUAGACUCAGGGCAUGCUUCAUAUUCUGGGCGACUGCUUUAACGCCAAAAAUCAUUAAAUAAUUGCAGACAAUACUCAUGGCUCUUAAUAUACACACUGUCAGAUCAGCAAUCUGAAGAACUUGUUAAGUUUUUGCACAGCACUGCACAAUUGGGGGAAGUGUGAAGGAUUGUGAUUUUGGAGAAAUUCUUAAAAAUUUACCUAAGAAUGACGGUUGCAUGCAGUAUUUCUGUUUCCAUACUUUAGCAGAUGUACAUAGGCAUGAUCGGAUUUCUAAAUCGUCACCACCAUUUAAGAAGCCAGCCUGCGGACUCAGGAAAGGAAGAAUGAAUAUGUCCAUUUCUUUUCACUGGUUUGCUAGGGAUGAAUUGUUGCCUUACAGUUUAACUGAAAUAAACAUGUUAAAUACUAGUCAGUAUCAUUAACAGAGAAACAGAUCAUCAUUAUUUAUAUUUUCCUGUAAUCCCCUCAUCUGAAGAAUUAUUUUAAAUCCAUAAAGCCUUUUAGAGCUUUAAAAAAAAAACUUUGCUGUUAGAAAGACCUAGUUGGCUUCUGUGGGUAUAAUUGCUAUUUUAAAGGGUCACGUGAGCAAAGAACUCAACAUGGCUACAACUGGAAUCCAUUUUACUGUGGAAUGAAAUUGUGCGUUUGAAUUUCACAGAAAUUAAAUGUUGAGCCUACAGCCUUUUUAGCAGGUUUAUCAUCAUUGUUGGCAAAGAAAAUCACUAAAGGGCUAAUAAAGGAUGUUCUUUCAUUGGGGGAUGCGGGGCGGGGGGAGAAAAAUACUAUCUUUCAGUCAGAGUGACCCGCUGCUCACAAGGAAGGCACCGCCCCACCAGGCCUCAAAAUAGAGAACCCACUUGUGAGCUCCAAGAGCUCUGUGCAAGUUACCUCCCUUUCCAAGUGAGUUUCCCUCAGAACAGUUCAGCACAAGGUGAAGCAGCCAAAUAACUUAUGUUCUUAAUAACACUUUGUCUUUUAAGGCCAAUAAAGCCAAAAUGCACCUAUG